AAACGUUUGAAACCAGUGCGCAUGCCCGCUGCUCUGUUGCUACUCAGUUGUUGUAGUAACCAGGAAGAUUAACGUCGCUGUGAUGCUGGCUGCUACCAGCUAGCUGGCUGUUAGCAUUUCAGGAAGACACGGGUACGUUUAUGUUAGUGCACAUUUAUACCCGAGUUUAGAAUGCUGUUACUUGGUUUUAAAGCUAAACUGACCCCGGUUUGCCUUUUAGCAGCAUGUUGGAUAACCGUCACUCCGUGCCAACGUCUUAUAUUUGAGCAGUAAGAGGAUUUCAUCGCCGCCACAGACCAACAUAAUCGUCACUGUUGUUGAUAGAACAGCUUUCUGCCGCCUGGAGGAUUUCACCGGGUAGUCAGCCUCACUUUGAUGGGAAAAUGCCAGCUGUGGCUCGGGAUAAAGAGGACUCAGGGUCCUCCUCGGAGGAGGAUGAGCAAGGAAAGCAUCCUUGCAUCACUUGGAGUGGCCUUAGCAAGACAAUCCCAGUUCUCCUCUUUCUACCUGAGGCAAUUGUUUCAAAAGACAGGAGCAUCUGCUCUGUUGGAGAGAGAUAUAAUAUGGCCUUCAAGAUUGUGCGCACUGAGAGCCGCCUAGUACGAAGAAUACUGUCCAACCACGGGUUUCACGAGGUUCACCCAAACAGCAAUGACUUCAACCUAAUGUGGACUGGAUCUCACCUCAAGCCUUACGUACUACGCAGCCUCCAAGACUUCCAGAAGGUCAACCACUUUCCCAGGUCAUAUGAAUUAACUCGCAAAGACCGUCUUUAUAAAAAUAUCCAGCGGAUGCAGCAGACUCACGGCUUCAAAAACUUCCACAUAAUUCCUCAGACCUUCGUGCUUCCCUCCGAGAACCAGGAAUUUCGCAAUUGUUUUGCUAAAGACAAGGGGCCAUGGAUAAUUAAACCGGUUGCCUCUUCAAGAGGACGGGGAAUCUAUUUGGUCAGCAACCCAAGUCAGAUUUCAAUGGAUGAAAACAUCUUGGUGUCUCGCUACAUUAAUAACCCUCUACUAAUCGAUGAGUUCAAGUUUGACGUUCGUUUGUAUGUAGUGGUGACGUCUUACGACCCGCUGCUCAUCUACAUCUAUGAAGAGGGUCUAGCGAGGUUUGCUACAGUGAAGUACGAUCAGGCUUCAACAAACAUCAAGAACACUUUCAUGCAUCUCACCAACUACAGCUUGAACAAAAAGAGCAGCGAUUAUGUCAGCUGCGAUGACCCUGAAGUCGAGGAUUAUGGGAACAAAUGGAGUAUGAGCGCAGUGUUGAGGUAUUUGAAGCAGGAGGGAAAGGACACCACGUUGUUAAUGAGACAAGUGGAGGACCUCAUCAUCAAAGCCGUGCUUAGCGCCGAGCUGCAGAUAGCCACGGCCUGCAAGAUGUUUGUUCCUCACAAGGCAAACUGCUUUGAACUGUACGGGUUUGAUGUCCUCAUCGACUCCAACCUUAAGCCCUGGUUGUUGGAGGUGAAUCUUUCGCCCUCUCUGUCCUGCGAUGCACCCUUGGAUCUGAAGAUAAAGGCUAGCAUGAUUGCAGACAUGUUUUCACUUGUGGGCCUUGUGGGUCAGGACCCCCUGUCGAGACAGCCUCGUUCAGACCGAUUCAUGGUGGACAAGCCGGCAGCAGCGCCAAGAGUGCAGCAGAAGCCCGUAAGUUCAGAAACGAAUGGAUUUACCGACAAGCAGAGAGCCAAGAACAGCCAAGAGGAGAGCACCUUAAACCUGACUGCUGAGGAGAUCAAAGUGCUGAGAAGGAUAAAGGAGGAGUAUGAGAGAAGAGGGGGUUUCAUAAGGAUCUUCCCCACCCAGGAUACAUGGGAGCUUUAUGGUGGAUAUCUGGAGUCCAAGACGUCACUGAACUCCAUGCUGGCAAACAGACUUUUCCAUGGCAGCUGCUCUGUUGUCAGGACUGUGAAUGGGAACAGGCAGCUGCUGGUCGAUGCGGUCAAUGGCCUUCACGUUGUUCAGUAUGAGAGGAAGCUGCUGUCUCUGGAAGCACAAAAAAGGAGACAGCGCCACCUGAGUCAUCAGUCUGCUGCAAGGAAGAAAAAGCUGGGGAAGCAAUCCAAGGCCGUCCCGACUGAAAACAGAAGUCAGGAGGCCGAGGAUUGGGCUCAGGAGGAAAACGAGGAGAUGAAACAACCUCUUGAGCCAGUCUCGCACAAGGCUUUGGAAACUGAGCAAAGAAAACAAGUGGCCACACCACUGGAGCGCCGCCACAACAAAACUGGCUCCAUGCACAAUGCCAGGCUCACAGUCAACCUGCUCAGCAUCCUUCAGCAGGGGUGGGACCUCAGCAAGGUGCAGGCUCGGAUUGCUUUUUCCUCUUACCUGCAGAGAGUCCAACAAAGGCUGUUAGCCGAGAGCAGAGCCCACGCCAUCCCAGCCUGGCAAGACGACAAAGAUCAAAUGGAACUUGUGAUACGAUUCCUGAGAAGGGCAGCCAGUAACCUUCAGCAAGAUAUGAAGGUUGUGUUGCCUAAUCACCAGUUGCCUCUCCGAGAUCGCAGACGCAUCCUGUCUCACCAGUUAGGAGAGUUUAUCCACUGUUACAACAAGGAAACUGAGUAUAUGAUGACAAAGCAGGAAAGUGGCGAAGAGGACCAUUGUGUUAACCAGAGCGUAUUUCAAGAGUACAUUACGGCAGCAAAUGAAAACGAUCUGGAGGAAGUGUUGACAUUUUACACACAGAAAAAUAAAUCAGCCAACGUCUUCCUAGGAACUAAAUUCAAAAGUUCAGAUGUUCCGGAUUCAGGCAGCAAGCCAAAUCCCAAAACUUUGUCUGUGACCAAAGAGGACUCCAGCGCUUCAGAGUCCUCGCUCUCUGCAGGGAAAGUCUGCAGCGACCCAGACGUCAAGCCCACUGACACUCGGCUGUCUGUGCUGCUUUCAGACCAGCAGGCAAAGGUCACAGCCUGUAAAACUCAACCAGAUGUCCAGUCGUCUCAGCACUGCACCAGUUUUCCUCUAACUUUAGACGCCGCGUACGUUCAUCUGCAGCGCUGCCCUCAUACUCCAGUAUCCAUUCCUCUUCACUGCCCUCCACCGCCGCCACCUCCUCAGCCUCCGUCUUACGCACAGUCCUUGGCGAAGUCUCACUUUUGCCAUUCUGAAACUCUUUCCGACCCUCCCGCAUACACCUCUGCCCCCGUCAUCACGCAGCCUCCAAAAGUGAUUUGGACAGCCACAUCCACCGCUUCCAGCCCAGCUUCUGCUGUGCCUCCAAGCCAGGCUCUGAGAAAGAUUCAGUCUUUUACGACAUCCACGUCCAGCUCCAGGGCUACAUUUGCAACACCAAGUGCCACGCACAUCUAUAGCCAGAAGAUUUCUAGACCUACCUCAGCAGGCCAAGAGAUCCAGAGGAGCAGUUCCAGUAAUCUUAAGUCUAACUCAAUGGGGACAUUCAGGGAGUUGCAAUCUUUGUCUGCCCAGGCCCAGUCAAACCAGCACGCAUUCAUCUCAGCCCUGCAGAAGCUGGCCGACAAGCAGGUUGCUCGCCACAAUGCCAGCUCCAGUCACAUCAACCUGCUGACGCAACAUCUGACCAACCUGAACCUGGCCAGCAGGAUGAUGGGCAGAGAGAGUCACACGCUGCACCCUAAAGUGGCUGCAGCCCAAAGGCCUGUGAGAGCUGUUCAUGCUGGAAAAGACCAACCAGCCAGUACAAGGCCAUCGAAAAACGAGGAGGGCAUCCGGGACACACACAUGCAGACUGUCCCUGGUGUGGUGACGGGCUUAAGCUCUGCGCAGAGAAAUCAGCCAACCAAAGGAAGCUACCAGCUGCAGUUUGCUAUCCAGCAGCUGCAGCAGCAGAGAUUAAAGGCUCAUCGGGUUUUAGACCAGGACCACCGCAGACACCAGGCCCAGCUUCAGGACCAGACAAGCGCUCCAAGCGCCCAGGUGUCCACACAGUCCCCCAUCUGUCCACCGUCCAGCUUACAUGUUCGGCCGAGCCACGGCCAGACCUGCGUCGGCCCUGGUUUUGUUCCAAAGCCACCCAGCAGCGCACGAGACGGACAGGUCAGGAAAACGGCAACAAAGCGCCUAAUCAAGCAGAUGUCCUCGGGGAGUUCAGCCAGUGGUUCCGUGUCAAGCGGCCAGCAGGUGGUCUACGAGGCCAUUUGCGGUAAAACAGGUCUUUCUGCGUACGGCGGGCUGCUCCAGGGCCAGGAGCCCUACCACAGAUGACACGAAGACGAUCCUGGGCACAUCCUGCCGUUCUGCAGGCCUGACAGGUGUCUGUGCAUGUAACCGCAUCGCACACAGCGAUAUUCUGGGAAAGGACAACAGAGUAAAGUAUUCCCACCAUCGCGUAGUAUCCUAUUAAAUCCGUUGCCACAGACACGCGAGGCCAGGAGCGCCGAGCUUUGACGCAGGUCGGGAUUUAGUUGCACAGAUCCAACACCACCACCACCCACCCCAACCCCUUCCAUCGCCCCCAGCUACAGUCAGUCUGCAUCCCAGCAGCUGCCUGCUCUCAUUCCCCCCAUGCCACCAAAGCCACAGGAAGGUUUCACUGACAGAUGGCCUUCAGCAGAUGGGUCCACAAGACCUGUUGGUCUGUGCACCUCUGGCUGUGUAACUACAUCUCUCUAACCAAGCUCUGACUUAGCAAAACAGAAAGAAAAUACAUGCCAGGCAAGCAUAAUGAGCGACUUUUGGUAUUGUUAGCACUGAAUAAGUAGCUUCUUAUGUUACUGCAGCACAUGGGUAGCCUGAAGCACCUUUCAUGUGUGGCUUCCUGCAUUAAAUACUCUGCGCUCCUAUUCUGAAAGCCAUACCGCUGCCAAAUCUCUGCCUAUUGCCCGAGGAUGAGUAAAAGUAUAGCUUCCUCAGCUUUAAGGCUUAAACAUGCAGAGAGUUUGAGCUCGAAUAUGAAGGGGUUUGCCUUGUCUCCUGUUUUUGAAGAUCUGUGAUCUAAGUUCACAAUUAAACCUGUAAUUUCUGCUGUAAAAUGUAAAGAUGUUGAUAUUCUUGUACUUGAACGGACUAAAUUGAAUGGAAAUUAUUUUCGUUAUGUCUAUUUACCUAUUUAUUUUGUGAAAUCUGGCUAAGAAGUUAACUUUUAGCAAAUCUUUGUGCUCAAAGCAACAAAAAAUUACAAAUAUGUUUUUUU